CUAAGGUUGACCAAGCAGCUCACUGGCACGAGAAAAAGCACACAAAGCGACCAAGCUAGAGUGUCCUCACACCAGCUAGGUAGCUAAGCCACCAUGAGGUCGGUGCUCCCACUGCUCGUGGCCACCCUCGUCGUCGCCGUGACGGCCUUCUCGGCGGGGGCGGACGCCGCCUGGACGCCGAUCGCCAACCCGAGGAGCCUGGUGAUCAGGCAGAUCGGCAACUUCGCCGUGAUCGUCUACAGCAACGCCGACCCCCGCAAGUUCCGGCCCCUGGCGCUCGUGAGCGUGGUGCGCGGCGAGACCCAGCCGGCAGGCACGGGCGUCACCGACUACCGGCUCGUGCUGAACGUGAGGAACACGGCCACCGGGAGCACGGGGCUGUACCAGUGCGUCGUGCGGGGCAGGCUCGGUUCGCGCGCCACCACGUGGGAGCUCCGCAGCUUCGUGGUGUACAAGCAGGCGAUCUAGCACAUCGUUGGAUCGGCUUAGGCGCUGCCUCGCGCCAUCAAAGUUGCAUCCUCUUCUUCAACCUACAAGCUAGCGUUACGUACUAACGUACUAUGCUCCAGCCAAGUGUUACUGUCGUAUAGACAACAGCGCAGGCGUAUAUGCUACCUACACAUAAUUUACGUGUGUGCUUUUGUUGCAUUAGGAAUAAGAUGUCUCACUCUUCCUAAAGUACACCAGGAGAGAGGCGACUCCGUUUUGUUACGAUCAAUAUGAUCUGUGAAGGAGUUUAACUUUUGUAUCUCCGUAUCAUGCAUCUGUUGAUGCUAAUGUAAAAGUAUAUGUUUAUGGUUGAUGGAAUUGAUCUUAUUUGUGAAA